UCUAUUUGGAUGAACAAGGCUCUACCAUUCACUGAAGAUAACCUUACUAAAGAUAGUUCCAAGGCGUAUAAUAUAUCAGCGGAGAGGAAAAAAAAAGAAAAAGAAAAGGAAAAGAAAUGGCUUCUCAUCUGCAUCUUUCAACACUUCAAUCACCCUCUCACAUUACCAAAACUUCACCAUGGAUCAUAACUCAAACAAAGCCAACCAUCAUUCACUCUAUCUGCAACAAACCGACAUAUAUCCUCCAAGCACAAGGUCGAGGAUUCGGAGUGACUACAAUCCCCAGUAACAAGAAAAAAUCAAGCAAUGACGACAACAACGAAGGUGAUGACGAAGAGGAUGCAAUACCUGCAGUGGUAUUCAAUAGAAUGCUUAUAAGAAUCCUGUCAUUUGUCGGAGUUCCAAUGGCUUCAGGCGUUGCACUUCUCUACGUGCUGAGCUCGCUGAAGGAGAAAGGCAUAUGGGAGUCACCGGGAUGGCUGCCAUUCUUGACAAUUCUCCUUGCUUUUGGCACUUCAGCUCUUGGGAUUGCAUAUGGGUCAUUGUCCACAAGUUGGGAUCCUGAUAACGAGGGGUCUUUGCUUGGAUGGGAACAAGCUCAGAAGAACUGGCCUGAGCUAUGGAAAGAGGAAGAAGGUCACGAGCCAGGAGCACGGAGUGCCGCAGGUUGAUAGCGAUGCACUUUAGUGUCAGCUGUCUACUUUAGACAUAUUUCUCUUUUGGAGCUCCACUGUAGACUUUUUGGUUUAGACAUUUGAGAGUUUAUUCUAGAAGUUGUAAAGGCUGUGUGCCUUAUUUCCUUUACUCAGACUUAUUGUAUUUGAGACUUGUUAAGAACUCCAGUUUAUUCAUUUCAGUCUUCGACUAUGUACUUCAGUUCAUUUCGUUGAUGAGAUGUGUUAGGUUCUAUCAUUUC